UUGUUUUCAAAGUAUGAUUCUUCGUUACAGACGUCCGUACCAUCAUCCUCUUCUCUGACAUGGGAAACUCGGUUGCAGUGCUUUGUCGGCUGUUUGUUGCUGUCAGUAAUCAGCUCCAUUUGUGCUGGAUAUCUGCUGCUGUUAACGAAGGUCAACGGUUUCUGCAUAAUGUCCUCAAUUGGUGCAAUUCUCUCAAUAGCUAGCACAUGUUUCCUUAUGGGACCUGUUGAACAGUGCAGAAAAAUGUUUGAUAAAACUCGAUGGUUGGCGUCUUUGCUCUACGUGGGGUUUAUAGCUUUGCUACUUUUAGCGCUCAUCCUUAAGAAUGCUCCAUUGGCACUGGUUUGCAUAGGUGGACAGUACAUAGCAAUGGCGUGGUAUUCGUUUUCGUAUAUACCGUAUGCGAGGUUAGUUUGUAGCAAAUAUCUGUGUGGUUGA